AAGGAAUUUCAAGCAAAUAUGGAUAACACAAAUCAACUGUUGGCGCUGAUGAACCAAUGCGGUUCUGACCGUCAGAAAUUUAUCGUUGAAGAACAAUCUAAGCUACAAAUCGCUAGACACUUUUGUCGAAUGCUGCAGAAAACCAAAUACAGACGCAAUAUAUUCAACAUGACAUUGAACUUUGAUGACACAAUAGAAAAGGCCAUGAACUCGAUCACAACUCUAGGAGUUGUAGAGGUGUCACCGUCAUUGUCAUUGCCCUCACUAGACGCCCUCACAUCUAUCGAGAGACUGAUCGGCACACUUAAGACAAUACCGCUCGAGUCGUCUUUCGCUGACGGAACAGCGUCCGAUGUAAUCGAUGAAACAGAAAAGGUACUCCCGUCACAAGAAACACAGCGCGUUGACUUGUGGAACGUGUCUUUGUCCCCUGUCAAGUCAGUGUUGUGUAACUCACGUGGUGGGUCGAACCAGAUAUGGCUGACAGGAGGAGUGUUUAUUAAUGGAGAAGGUCUACUUAUCACAGACUACUACGAAAAUAGGAUUCUACUGUUUGAUGAUCAUUAUGAUUACGUCAGACAGUUUGGCGUGGUCGGCAAACCUUCUCACAUCUCACACGGUUUUACUGCCGACGAGGUGCUCAUAUCGUUAUGCAGCAGUCGAACCAUUCUGCGAUGUACACUAAAGGGAGGUGUCUUUACUUUGAACAGCAGAAUAUCCACUCAGUUCCGUACCUGGGGUACAUCUGUCCUCGGAGACAACAUCCUGGCCGGGUCUACAGACGCUGUACAGAUUAUAUUAACUGAUGGGACACUAGUUAAGUCUCUAAAUACGAGUGGCGGUACUGCUUACGUCACCGUAUCACCACGGGGAUACUUUUACCACACAGAUGAUAAUGCCAUAGUGUGCCGGUCACACCACGGGAAGGAGAAGUUUCGUCAAAAUUGUCAGGGUCUGAGAGGACCGUGUGGAAUUGACGUGGAUCAGGAUAGUAAUGUAUAUGUGUGUGGUGGGCUUUCUGGGAACGUCCACCUGGUGUCAGCAGACGGAACAAAGGAGAGGGAACUCCUCCCCGAUCUGUCCGGUAUAAGGCGACCUUGCGCUGUAUUGGUCCAUCCCACAAGACUGGAGUUUAUUGUGACGUCAUCUAUGGAGAACGUGGCGUUCACAGUUUACAAGUUCUGUGCUGAGUGAUUCCUCCUAUACCAAACUGUUUAACACUACCACGUAUAGACUUGCUGGAGUGGUCUAGAAAGACCUAUUCAUUUAGGGGUUGAGUUAUGUAUACACACUACAGCGACUGCUAAUGAGCUGCCAGAGACAAAAAAAACCCACAGUUUUUCCCAUUGAAAUUGGUGUAUAAACUGUUAAGGAUGUAAAUGAAAUGUCCUCACAUUUUACAGGAGCAUUUCCGCUUUUCCUCGUGUAAAGAAAUCUG